UUAAAGAAGUAGCCUACCCCCUUACAUUUUUGCCCUUGGCCUAUUGAGAUUUUGCAUAGCUGUUACUUGAGCAUGGAUUCAACCAAACCUUUGGAGAGUAUUGUACAUUGAAAUUGUUAUUAAUCACCCUAACAUUUUAUCAAAACAUUGUAUGAAAUGCAUAGUGUUUCACCCCGUUUUUUCCCCAUAAAAAAACACCAUUACCCAUAAACCCUUGCGAUGACGUCGUAAACCACCGACAUCAAGAUGGGGCUUGAAAGUACCAUGGUCUGUGUGGACAAUAGUGAGUACAUGCGCAAUGGAGACUUUCUGCCCACCAGGCUUCAGGCUCAGCAGGACGCAGUUAAUAUUGUUUGUCACUCCAAGACCCGCACUAACCCUGAAAACAACGUGGGCCUCAUCACCAUGGCAAACAACUGUGAGGUGCUGACCACACUGACUCCAGACACAGGAAGGAUACUGUCCAAGCUGCAUGCUGUGCAGCCUCGGGGAAACAUCAGCUUCUGCACCGGCAUCAGGGUGGCACAUUUGGCGCUGAAGCACAGGCAGGGCAAAAACCACAAAAUGCGCAUCAUUGCAUUUGUUGGCAGCCCAGUGGAGGACAACGAAAAAGAAAUGGUCAAAAUGGCAAAGCGUCUAAAGAAGGAAAAGGUCAAUGUGGAUGUCAUAAACUUUGGAGAGGAGGAGAUGAACACAGAGAAGCUGACUGCCUUCAUCAACACACUGAAUGGCAAAGAGGGAGCAGGCUCCCACCUGGUCACAGUUCCUCCAGGCCCUAGUCUGGCAGAUGCCCUGCUGUCCUCACCCAUCCUGGCUGGAGAGGGAGGUGCAGUUUUGGGCCUGGGUGCUGGUGACUUUGAGUUUGGAGUGGAUCCCAGCGCAGACCCAGAGCUGGCCUUGGCUCUAAGGGUGUCUAUGGAGGAGCAGAGACAACGACAGGAGGAUGAAGCGCGCAGAGCCACUGUUGCAUCAGCUACUGAAGCUGGCAUUUCCUCUCCUGUUGCAGAUGAGUCUGAGGAUGCCUUGUUGAAGAUGUCUGUUCCCCAUACAGACUCAUCCACACCUGCUCUACCAGACUUCAGCCGCAUGACAGAGGAUGAACAGAUUGUCUAUGCUCUGCAGAUGUCCAUGCAGGGAGAAGGAGCAGAGUUUGGUGCUGAAGACAUGGACACAGGAACUGACAUGGACUCCAGUAAGGCCAAAGAUGAAGAGGACUACGAUGUUAUGCAGGAUCCGGAGUUCCUUCAGAGCGUCCUGGAAAACCUUCCUGGAGUCGACCCCAACAACGAGGCCAUCCGUAACGCCAUGGGGUCUCUAGCUUCCCAGACGGGCUCUAAACCCGACACCAAGAAGGAUGAGGAGAAAAAGAAAUGAACGCCCAAAGAGAGAAACUUAAUAUAUGAUAAAUAAAAAAGAACUGAGAAUUGCACCGCAUAUGUUAUCCACAGUAAUGUUAUUACUCUCCUCCAUACAGGAACCAUUUUAUUCAUCUUUUGUUUAUGUAGCUGUGUAAACUGUAAACAACUUUUGCCUUGUUUUUCAACUUUAUGUUAGGGCCUAUUCUUAUUUAAUUUUUUGUGUGUGUCACACAGAUGUGCUUUUUUGAAUCUUUUGUAAUACGACUACUCAGUAACCUGGGCAGAUUUCCUCAAUAAAUUUACAGAAUACAAGGUGGUU